UUUAAGUCAGAGCAGCAGAGGCAGCAGGAGCACAGGUUGUCUUCUCUGUCACAAAAUGAAGCAGAUUCCUUGGUUGAUAGUGCUGGUGGGGCUCGGCUGCUGGUCAACAGCAGCUUCAGCUCUCCUCCCUCCACACAACGUGAGCGGCGAGGCCUGGGACCACGUGCCGUCGCACAACGUGAGCGGCGAGGCCUGGGACCACGUGCCGUCUCACAACGUGAGCGGCGAGGCCUGGGACCACGUGCCGUCUCACAACGUGAGCGGCGAGGCCUGGGACCACGUGCCGUCUCACAACGUGAGCGGCGAGGCCUGGGACCACGUGCCGUCUCACAACGUGAGCGGCGAGGCCUGGGACCACGUGCCGUCUCACAACGUGAGCGGCGAGGCCUGGGACCACGUGCCGUCUCACAACGUGAGCGGCGAGGCCUGGGACCACGUGCCGUCGCACAACGUGAGCGGCGAGGCCUGGGACCACGUGCCGUCGCACAACGUGAGCGGCGAGGCCUGGGACCACGUGCCGUCGCACAACGUGAGCGGCGAGGCCUGGGACCACGUGCCGUCGCACAACGUGAGCGGCGAGGCCUGGGACCACGUGCCGUCGCACAACGUGAGCGGCGAGGCCUGGGACCACGUGCCGUCGCACAACGUGAGCGGCGAGGCCUGGGACCACGUGCCGUCGCACAACGUGAGCGGCGAGGCCUGGGACCACGUGCCGUCGCACAACGUGAGCGGCGAGGCCUGGGACCACGUGCCGUCGCACAACGUGAGCGGCGAGGCCUGGGACCACGUGCCGUCGCACAACGUGAGCGGCGAGGCCUGGGACCACGUGCCGUCGCACAACGUGAGCGGCGAGGCCUGGGACCACGUGCCGUCGCACAACGUGAGCGGCAAUGCAAGCGCAGAGACUUUGGAAGAUGAGGAGGAGAACCUGAUUGAGGAAGGAGACAUCAUUGCGAGGGAAGACCGGAAUGCUGUUAACGUGGUGUGGUCCAAUGCGAUUGUCCCUUAUGAAAUCAAUCCAAAUGUUGGUUCUCGAGUGGCUGAAAUCCAGGAAGCCUUCAGGAUGAUCUCGGCACCUACUUGUAUUCGCUUUGUUGAACACACAAAUGAGCUGAACUACAUCAGUAUUAGAGAUGGCAAAGGCUGUGCAUCCCCUGUGGGCGUGAGUGGGGGAAGCCAGUCGAUCUACUUUGCACAGUCCUGCUCUGUGGGGAACCUGGUGCAUGAGCUCAUCCACGCCUUGGGGCUGUAUCAUGAGCACACGCGUGACGACAGAGACCAAUACAUCACGAUCAACUGGCCAAGUGUUGUUCCAGACAAGAAAGGAAACUUCAAGGUAAAACGUGGGAACACACUAAACCAGCCCUAUGACUAUGAAUCCAUCAUGCACUAUGGACCGGCUUACUUCAGUGUUGAUGGAAGUCCAACUAUUGUGACCAAUACCCCCAAGGACAUUGGACAGAGGACCCAUCUGAGCAGUCUGGACAUAAAGAAACUAAAAGCCCUCUACCACUGCUGAACUUCUCAAUGAUCCAGCUGUAAACAGACUAAAAACUGGAUUUGACUUUUUGGAAGGGGGGGG